AUGGACGACGCUUCGAUGGAAAAUCUCUCUCUGCCGGGAGCCUUCAACAGCUCCCCUACAGAGCAAAUGGAUAUCACCUCCAGCGACGACGUCACCCGCAAUCAUCCAGGACCGUCCCAGACUCCCCAAUCCCCUACAGAGCAAAUGGAUAUCACCUCCAGCGACGACGACGCCCGCAAUCAUCCAGGACCGUCCCAGACUCCCCAAUUACAGUCCCAGAUUCUCAAACCACAAGAAUCGGGCAAGCGAAAAAGGAGUGAUCAUGAAGAGAUAUCGUCGAGAAAGUUAAUUGCAGUCGAGCCUGAGUAUCUUCAAGAACUCGAGUUCGCGGUUGAUGAGUUGACUAAGAAGCUCAAAUCGAAGGAUAAAGAAAUAAAGCGCCUUCAGAGCAUAGAGCCGAGCGUCAACGAUUUGAAAGAUGCUGAAAUUCGACACCUUUGCGUUGUAGAGCAAAAGGUUGAGACUUUGAUUAUUGGAAAGAUAUAUAUAUCCAAAGAGAAAUCGGCGUCUGAUGGGGCAUAUAAGACCUUACAAUCCCAAUUCGAAGACUAUAAACGAGUACGUUUCCCAGGCUUCAUGUUAUCGUACCUGCGUUUAAGCAUCGAACAGGACGUGGAUCGCCAACAUAAAGAAGCAUCCCGUGCUAAAGAGCACGAAAUGUCUGAGCUGGAAGCAAAGUUCAAACAACAAAUCGAAGAACUCCAAAUUCAUCAUGACCGUACGGUGGAGGAAUUAAACAAAAAGGUUGAAUCCCAGUCUCUUCAGAUUUCAUCUCUGGUGGAAGACAGUCUUGAAGAAUCAGAAACUGCGAAAAUAUUGCUAAAUGAACCCGAUGGAGAGGGGUCCAAUAUCUUGGAAGAGGACACGUCCCAUAUCAAGGAGCUCGAGGAUUCAAAUAUGGCGUUUACGGAGCGAAUAACUGCUUAUGAGGCUCAGAUAGCGAAGCUCAAUGCUGAUUUGGAGGAGCAGAAGGCGGAGUCGUCAAAGCUAACGCGUGCUGUUCAGGAGCUUGAGGGACAGUCUGUCGAUGGUAUCAGCAAGCAGGAGCGUAUCACGGAACUUGAAGCUCUUGUGAGGGCGAAGACGACCGAACUUGAAGAGUUGAAGCACUCUACCUCUCACGCCCAAGACCUUGAAAAUCGCAUCAACGAACUACAGGCUCGUCUUGGGGAGUUCGAAAGAGAACGGGAGGGACAGUCUAUUGAUGGUAUCAGCAAGCAGGAGCGUAUCACGGAACUUGAAGCUCUUGUGAGGGCGAAGACGACCGAACUUGAAGAGUUGAAGCACUCUACCUCUCACGCCCAAGACCUUGAAAAUCGCAUCAACGAACUACAGGGUUCUCUCCAGGAGUCUGACAGCGAAAGGGAGAAAUUGAUUCAAGCACAACAAGUAUCAAGCCAUCGCGAGAAUGUUUUAGCUUCAGAACUCCAAACUGUGCGCGAAAAGCGCAGUGAGCAAAUUAAAACGCUUACUGCCCAAGUGCGACUCCUCGAAAACGAAUUGUCCGGAAAUCAAACUGCACUUAAAGAUCAAGGUCAGGAGCUGGAGAGACUGCGCGCGGCGUCUACCCAGCGUAGGACCGCUGACGAGGCUGAGAUAGCGAAGCUCAAUGCUGAUUUGAAGGCGCUCAAGGAUUCGCAACAGUCAUCCGCUGAUCGUGGUGCCUUGGACGCCGACCACAUUCAAAAGCUUGAAGCUCAGUUGACGGCACAGACAAAUAGGGUUCAACAGCUCGAGAUAAUGAACGCAGCCUCUAUCGAGAAUGCGUCUGCUUACGAGACUCGUGUAAAACAACUUGAGUCUGAUUUGGAGGCGCAGAAGGCGGAGUCGUCAAAGCUGACGCGUGCUGUUCAGGAGCUUGAGGGACAGUCUGUCGAUGGUAUCAGCAAGCAGGAGCGUAUCACGGAACUUGAAGCUCUUGUGAGGGCGAAGACGACCGAACUUGAAGAGUUGAAGCACUCUACCUCUCACGCCCAAGACCUUGAAAAUCGCAUCAACGAACUACAGGGUUGUCUCCAGGAGUCUGACAGCGAAAGGGAGAAAUUGAUUCAAGCACAACAAGUAUCAAGCCAUCGCGAGAAUGUUUUGGCUUCAGAACUCCAAACUAUGCGCGAAAAGCGCAGUGAGCAAAUUAAAACGCUUACUGCCCAAGUGCGACUCCUCGAAAACGAAUUGUCCGGAAAUCAAACUGCACUUAAAGAUCAAGGUCAGGAGCUGGAGAGACUGCGCGCGGCGUCUACCCAGCGUAGGACCGCUGACGAGGCUGAGAUAGCGAAGCUCAAUGCUGAUUUGAAGGAUCAGAAGGCGGAGUCGUCAAGGCUAACGCGUGCUGUUCAGGAGCUUGAGGGACAGUUAACUGAUGGUAUCGACAGAGAGAACCGUAUCGUUCAACUCAACAACGAUCUAGACGCGAAGACUGCAGAACUGAAGAAGUCCAGGGAGGAGUCAACCUCUCAUGCCCAGCAACUUGAAAAUCGCAUUGGUGACUUACAGGCUCGUCUCCAGGAGUCUGACAGCAAAAGGGAGAAAUUGAUUCAAGCACAACAAUUAUCAAGCCAUCGCGAGAAUGUUUUCGCUUCAGAACUCCAAACUGUGCGUGAAAAGCGCAGUGAGCAAAUUAAAACGCUUAACGCACGAGUUCGAGACCUCGAAAAGGAGUUGGAACAAGCCGCGACCAACUCUCGCGAUUCACUUAGUAAAGAACGGGAGCGAUACCAACAGAUGUCCGUUGAGUUUCAAAAACAACAAGCAGCGCUAUCUCAAACAACUGAAGAUCUCAGUACUGUCAAGGCCGCUCUUGAAAAAGAAUUUGAGGACCAUGGUAAUACCAAGUCACUGUUGGAGCUUUUACAAAGCGACCUUGUGGACUCUCAAAAAGCCAUCUCAAUUCUUAACAGUCAAUUAGAGGCCACCAUGGCUGACCACAUCGAAUUUGGAGAGGAAGCGCAAGAUUCGGACUCGGCGAUGGACCCGGAUGCACCAGAAAGUACUCCGUCGGCGACUGGAAAAUCUCAAAAAGCGGCGGGCAAACGUCGUCAAAUGUCGAUGAUGCCGGAUACCACCCUAUAUACGCUUAUGAACCAUAGGAACGGCGACCUGCAGGUAAAUAUGGAGCCAGAAAAUUCAGCAGAACGACCCACCUUUUCAAAUUUUUUUAACCAAACGGAAUUUACUCCCACUCUCUCUACCUCUGCGAACCGUUCUUCGCCCGUCCGAGACGGUGACCUGGCCUCUUCUUCCAAUCCAGGGCCAUCAAUACCCAACAGAUUUUCAAAGCCGGGUCACUAUCGAAGAGGUAGAGCUACACAUCAAUCUCCACCUCCACCUUCCAGUGCUAUACCCAGAUCUGGUCGAGACGAUGUGCGAGGAGUCGAGGCUUCGACAGCCUUCCAUGCAGAUACUCCGGCAACGGUCGCUGACCCCUCUGUGGUUCCACCUCACUCUGUAUUCUCUUCGACGCCUCCUGUCACUCCUGUUCCUCCUGUUGCCUCAGUAUCUGCUGCUGAACGUGCUUUUCAAGAAAGAAUAUUGAAUACGCUAAGCACUCUGUCGAGUGAUGUGAGAGGCGUCGUUUUGGACGUGCAAGAACUUCGGUCUAAUGCAAAUACACAACCUGCAACCCCUCGUAGGAGGAUUCCAAACAGGAAACCUUACUCUCCUUACAAGCAAGCUGGUCCUAAUGCCAGCCGGCAGUUACAACAAUAUCUCCUCGGAAUAUCCGAAGAUGACGACAUCUUCAUAAUGGAUUCCAUUCACAUUGCAUCACCAGCCGAAGUAGAUAAGUUCGAGAAUUCGCUACGAGACCCCCCACCAUUGGAACCUCUUCAACUUCACUUCGACCAAGUGAAAGUGAAAUGGAACGCUUAUCUUGCGGACCUCUUUGCUGAACAGUUCUUGCGAUUACACAGCAAUCUUAAUGCUACUGCCGAUCAAAUCAAGGAACACUUCAUGGCAAGAGUGCAAAUGUUUCGUGAGAAAUUGAUUUCCAUCGUUCCAAGGCCAGGAGAAACCAGCGAACAAUGUUUCGAUCGCGUAAGGGAGGAACGUCUAAAUGCCAAUCGCAGGAAGCGGCGCCGCACUAGGCAACGUAAUAAGUUGUAUGUGGACCGUUAUAGUAACUGCAUAGAUGCCGGUCGUCAUGAUAUUGCAGAUGUCGUCUUGACACUUGGCGAAGAUGGAAUGAGCGAAGACGAAACAGACGGAGAAGAUUCCACAGUCGUCCUUUUGACGCAAUGGCGCAACCCAAAGCUCCUGACUCCAUUAAAGAUCGCUGAUAGCCUGCGACCGGCUACAAGCGUCAAUGGAACCAGACGACCAGGUAGCCGACCCCUUAAACGCAGAAGACUACAAUCCGCACGGGAAGGUUAUCAACCAGCUCCAGAUCAGCGUCCAGAAAAUUAUUACUAUUCUUCUUGGCGGGCCUGCUUAUCUCGUUAUGAUAUAGCGCUCUUGAAAAUGAAAGAUGCAAAACCAUUUUUCGGGGAGUAG